GCCAAGACAACGACAAACAACGUUCCCGAGUGAGUUCUGACUGAAAGAUAAAUGGAUGGGUUGCACAGUGCCUGCGUGUCUGAGGACUGUGUCCGGGGAGUUCUCGAGGAGAGGUUCUCUGUGUCCUGCAAAGCACCAGUGUCUCACAUCCAGGUCGACUGCUGCUCCUCCGUCUGUGCCUUCCCACUGCAGGGCAAUGAACUGUGCAUCCAGAGCAUCGCUGACCCUUCUCUGCAGCCCUUGCAGCUGAAAGGCCAUCAUCAUUCCAUAUCUGCUGUGACCUUUGGGAACAGGCAGAAGCCACUGUUAAUCUGUUCUGCCUCGGAGGACUAUGUGAUAGUGUGGGACGUAGAGAGAUGCCGCAAGAAAACAGAAGAAGGUUUGAUCGCCAUGGGGACUAUAGUUGGAACUCUCCUUGGAAAUGUCAGUCAUUUGUCUAUAUGCCCAAGAGAUGAAAAGGUUGCAGCAUGCACUGGUGCAAAAAUAUACAUAUUGAAUAUUAAGCAGGAGGAAGUUCUCUCAGUGUUUGAAGGUCACCUGGCUGCAGUGACUGCUGCAGUAUUCCCCUCCUGGAAUGCAGACAUUAUUGUGUCCAUCUCUGAAGACAGAACAUUUAAGGUUUGGAAUCUGUCAAAUGAGGAGCUAAUCCACCAGUCCGCUGUUUUAUCAGGUUCCCCUCUGCUCAGUGUGUUCCUAAGUGAAAUGAAUAAACAGCUUAUCACUGGAUCAGCUGAUGGUCAGGUCUGGGUCUUCAGUCUCCUCAGUGAACACAAGUACCGUUUAGUUACAAGGGUGGAUUUACAGAAAACUGAACAAAGAUAUCUGAAGAAUAAGGCGUUCAGAGAAACUCAGAAAGGGACUUCUAUUAAAGACAGCUUGGAAAAGGACAACAAAGUGGAGACUGUAAAUCCAGUUUUGAGAAUUGCACCUUUCAUUUCAGUUCUUGACACAAGAGGAAAUGCAAACAGGUUUUGUAGCAGGAGUGGGAGCUAUUUUUGGAUUGGAAGUUCAGAUGGUGUUUAUCUUAUUAAUUUGGCUACUUCUGAGUUGUGCACAGUUAUGCACUUCAAAGAUUACCCUGGAUUAACCAUUGCAAUGGCAGGAUCAUGGGCGAUCCAGCAAGGAAACCAAACCAAUGUUUUCUGCCUUCUGACAUCCAUGUUUGAAGAUAACAUUGCUCUGGUGCAGAUCAAUGUAACAGUGCUGGCUGAAAGUCACUGUUACUUUAAUGGGCAGGAAUGUCCAGGGGAAGACAACCUGUAUGUGGUUGCCAGGAGACCUCUACUACCUGAUUCUCUGCUAAGUUCGGAUGUUUUGAGGAAAGAUGCCUCCAAACCGCCGAAAAAAUCUGCUGUGAAGAACUGUGUGAAAGACCAGCCUGUUGUGUUCCACUCCAAAGUGAAAUCAUCCGGAUACACGGCUCCCGGAUGCAGAACCAUGUUUUCCCCCAAGACUAAUACACAGAAGAAAAAUCACCAGCUUUCAAAGUCCAGCAAGAAAAAUGAAGUUCUAUUCAAAGACUACCCAGCAGACUGUCCAGCACCCAGCAUUCUUCAAACACACCUGAAUGCCACAGCCAAGCCCACACCUGUGUGUAGCCUGCAGUUCUCAGGAGAUGGAAAACAGGUUGUGUGUGGUCUCUCAGAUACAUCCAUACUGCUAUAUAACUCCACUCUCUCAGGAGCACCAGCUGUCUAUACAGGUCAUGAUGGUGCAGUACGCUGUGUAGGGUGGAGCCACUGUAACCAAUGGCUGCUGUCUGCAUCUGAGGACAGGACCCUGAGAAUAUGGCCAGUCGGGAUCACUCAGCCUGCUCUCACCCUGGGUGGUGAAAGGUUUCCCCAACCCUUGAGAUCUGCACAGUUUUAUUAUAUGGACAAGUUUCUGCUGCUGUCAUGCGGCCCUUUGUUACAGUUGUAUUUGUACCACUUGGACACUUCACAGGAUGACAUCAAAAGAUACAAGCAAAAAAGUCUAUGCAAACUUGUUGAGAAGUUCCAGAUGACCACAGGGACGGAAAUCACCAGUGUUUCAGCAGUCAAUGAUUUCUUCUCCUAUAUUGUUCUGGUGGCUGGAAAUGAUCAUGCAGUGGAAGCUUUUGAUCUAAAUGUGGGUCGCAGAGCAGCUUGUAUCCCUGAUGCUCACACCAGAGCAGUUCACCACAUCGCUCAGAACAAGGGUUCAAUGUUCAGCACGCAGGAGCCUGAUGCAUACAAUCUCUUCUUGACAAGUAGUGUGACAGAUGGCAUCAAAUUGUGGGACCUGAGAACUCUGAGGUGUGUACAACGAUAUGAGGGUCACGUGAAUCGCUGCCAUCCCUGCACUGCUGCAUUCUCGCCCUGCGGGCAGUACAUCGCCACAGGUUCUGAAAACAACUGCGCCUAUGUAUUCGACAUCCGCAGUGGCACCUAUAUUCACAAGCUCGCAAGACAUUCAGACACCGUCAUUAAUGUGGCUUUCAACCCAUCCAGGCCCCAGCUUUUGACAGCCACCCUUGAUGGCAAACUGCAGCUGUUCAGACCAUGAGGUCAACUCAAAGAUGAGAGUCGCUGGAACAACAUCCCCAGCAUCAAACAGGAGUGACAUGUUAACCACCUGACUAUAGUACCACAUGGUUUCAGGGGAAGCUACUGUAAAACAUGUAAUUCUUAAGGAUUCAGGUUAUGCCUGAAGUCCGUAAAUGAAAGACAGGGUAUGAGAAACAUAUAGAACUUUGUGAGUGUAUACAGUAUAAAAUCAUAAGGAUAUCAAACUGUUGUGAAGGAUUGCAUCCCAUUAAAAAAAUAAAGAUGGAAGUAGAGAAACAUUCCAUCUCAAGAUGCAGAACCUACAGUAUUAUGUCCUUUAUCUGAAGAAGGUAUUUUAUUUGAAUUGUCAUUGUUUUUGGCUGGUGCAACAGCUCAGCUCCACAUGCUGUGCAGAGCAAUAUUCGUAUUCUACUGGUACACCCCCUGCUCAUAUCUGAAGGAGUUCCACUUGUAGAGAAUCUGUGAGCACUGCCAGUGACAAGUAGCAUUAUCUCACAUUAUAUUAUUUCCUUAUACUAACAUGACAUUUUAAUUUCUUUGAUGCAUGUCAUUCACAUGGGGUGGGGAAAGCAAAUUGAACAUAUUAUUGGUCUCAGUUGGGAGAGUCCAUUUUAUAGAGAGUAUUACCCAUUGAGGAAUCAGAAUGUUCAAGUUUGAUCAUAAUAGGCAAUUGAGGUAUUGUGAGAAGGUUCUAUUCUAUGUUAGCUACAGACCUGGCAAGGAUAUGCUGCUACAGAUUCAUCUGAGAUCAUUCCCUGCAACUCCCAUUUUGCAAUAAAAUCAGGCCUUUGUUUCGAAGAAUGUAGACUGCUGAUUUUUGGAAGAGAUGUACUAUAACCUCAUACUUGGCCAAAUAACCAAGUGCUGCAUAUUACAUGGUAUUAAAAUAAUGAAUUUAAAUUUGGGUAUUCUUUUUUAUUUUGGUCCAGGUUAUUAUGAUAGCAGAGCAGGGGUGAGCUGUAACUACAAAAAACACUGUAUACUGAAUACAUUUACAUAGCAAAUACAGUUUGUACAGUAUGUCUCUAUAGAUUUCAAUCCAACCUUUUGUUUUGUUGUUGGCC